AUUUGUGGUGACGACCUGUGCCCGCCCUUAAGGUGCCCGACAGUACAAAAGCUUCUCCUGUAGACACUCCAGUCUUCAACAAACUCCUCCAUCAUGCAGUCCUACAAUUCGUUCUACAGCUCUGAUUGUUCCAAUCGCGGUAACGGCUUGUGUAGUUGGUGGCGCAAUUCUUCCUUCCGCCGCACAAGGCAGAAAAGUGUUCGAAGUGUGAAUUAUGAUAUUCUCACCACCCCUGGAUCUGCCCCUCCAUGGCGAAAUGGCUUUUCUACCGCGGUAUACGUGGGGGAGGCCUGCCUGGGCCGACACAAGCAUAGUUAGCAGGCCUGCGCUGCCACCCAGACAACCUGACCACAACGUGUGGUCUUACCCAGCUGGCAAUCUGACCUGGACUCCACGCAUGAAUGGACCUAGCUACUUACCCGAAACAACUCAGUGUACUCCUGUCACACUGUUUGCUAUGCCAUGGCCCCAGAUAGUCGAUGAACGCCCGGAAAUUGUACCCUCUCUUGCUAUAAAUCCUUUCCAACCAGCCAUGCCUAUACUUCAGUGGGAUAUCCGCCAGAACCCAAUUACGGCUAGGCUGACAACAGGCGCACAUAUCUCCACGGAUCUGGCACAUGUCCUGAGCUCUCAAAUCACGGAUAUUCCUGUUGGCAUCAUCGAAAUUGCCAUCCCAGCUUGUCCCAUGGCGUACAUGUGGAAUCCCAUCAGGGUGCAAAGGUCCAGCGCUAUCAAGGUCCAAGAUGUUCUCGAUGUCAUUUACGAAUGGCUGCAGAAACCUCUUACUCGAACUGAGAUGGAACACAUCGAACGUGUAAACCCAGACGGUGUCGAAGCAGUUUUGUGGGCUUUACAAGAGAGAGCUUCUACGAGUCUUUCGUUGCAUGACUGGGAACAUCGACAAGGGCCGCGGCGUAUAGACUGUUUGGGAGAUAUUCGUAGAUGGAUGGGAUUAUGCUACUCUCCUACAGGGCAGGGCAUGCAACUGGUUCUCAACCUUGAAACCGUUCACAAAUUCUGAAGUUUUACUAUACCUUCGCUUGAUACCCAGUGAUACCCAUUUCAACUUCACGAGCUCAGUGAUGACAUGAACAGUUCACAUUCUUGAUAUCUAUUUUUAUUCCUAAUUGUAAUAGCAUCCGAUAUACUUCCUUGCACUGCAUGUUCAA